AUGGCUUAUCAUACAAGCGACGAAGACAUCAAGAGACUUUUCGAAGUUGCUAGCGCAAAGAAGGUUAACUCAUACUCUCCAUACAGCCACUUCAGAGUUUCUGCUGCUCUUCUCUGCCGUGAUGGAUCAAUUAUCAACGGUGUUAACGUUGAAAACUGCUCAUAUCCAAAUGGCUGCUGCGCUGAGCGUUCUGCUAUCUACUCAGCUAUUUCUCAGGGCUACAAAGAUUUUGUUGCCAUUCUUAUUACAUCAGACAUGAAGGAUGAUUUCAUUUAUCCAUGCGGUAUGUGCCGCCAAGUUAUUGCCGAAUGGGGCAACCUUGAAGUUAUCAGCACAAAGGCUGAUGGCAAGGAAAUAAAGCGCUACCACAUUUCUGAUCUCCUUCCAGAAGCUUCCACACCAGCUGAUCUUACAAAGUAA